AUGGCAACCGACCAGGAUAAAAUCAUGCAGAAACUUAUCGGUGGUGAAAGCCCUCUCACGACCGGAAAAAUUCUAUUUACUUCGGGGUUGCAAUGCACGCAGACCUGCGGCUCAAAUGGUGGUUGUGCUCCAUCCCUGGAUUCAAAUGACCCUUCUUCCGCCAGCUGCAUCAGCACUGCUCGUGUCUGUACCUGGACUUGGGAUGAGUACGGACCUUUCCAACCAGGCUGCGCCAACUUGCCAAGUGGUGAUGCCGUCCUGCCUCGCUUUGGCGUGGAUCCAUGUGUGGGCCACGACGAGAGCACCUCUGUACCUUGGUCCUACCUCGGGGGCGGUAUCGUGGACAACAACGCCCCUGGGUGGUGGGCAGACCAAGUUGUCUGCCACACGAAAUAUUGA